GAAACAGACGCGCGUUUCGACAGCGACUCUUCUUCUCUUUCUCUGACUCACCUCCUCCCUCUCUAUCGUACCAUUCAUUAUUGUCACUCCUCCAUCUCUCUCUGCAGAUUUUGUGUUGAUUUUCUCUUCAUAUCUCUCUCUCUCUCUCUCUCUCUCUCUCUCUCUCGCCUAUGCAAACUCUAGGGAAUUUACAGAACAGAGAAAUGAAGAAAAUCGUGUUGAGACUGGAUCUGCAUGAUGACAAGGCCAAGCAGAAGGCCCUCAAGACAGUUUCAGCCCUCUCAGGGAUAGACUCGAUAGCAAUGGAGAUGAACGAGAGGAUAAUGACGGUGAUCGGAACCGCGGAUCCGGUGACAGUGGUGAGUAAGCUGAGAAAACACUGGCCAACGACUGAUAUAAUGAUGGUGGGCCCGGCAAUGGAGCCGGAGAAGGAGAAGGAGGAGGAGCCUAAGAAAGAAGAGGAGGCCAGCAAGAAAGAGAAGGAAGCCGACAAGCAAGAGGGCGAAGCUCCAAAGAAGGAGGAAGGAGGAGAAGAGAAGAAAGAUCAAAGACAAGCGGCGGCGGCGGACCAUGCCGUAGAGCUAUUAAAGGCGUAUAAAGCGUAUAAUCCUCAUCUCACUACGUAUUACUACGUUCAGAGCAUGGAAGAAAACCCUAACGCUUGCCUUAUCUCUUGAGAUCAUCGUCGUGAUUGGUGUUUUCGUCCCAUGAUCUCGUUAUGAUCAGUAGAAUAUAUAUAUAUAUAUAUACACACACAUAUAUACACACAUAUUAUAUAUAUGUAUUCGAUCUAUCAUGAUGAUUUUCUCCUAUCAUACGGGAGAUUUUUUUAAAAAAAAAACACGGAUCGAUGAUGUAUUUUGUUUGUUGUUGUAUGAAGGGUCGUUGUGUAUAUAAUAAAAACGGUUAGUGUUAUUGCUCUUGUUACGGUGUCUAGUUCACAUUA